AUGGCUACGUCUAUCCUCGGGGAAGAGCCGAGGUUCGGAACGACACCCCUGGCCAUGCUGGCCGCCACCUGCAACAAGAUCGGCAACACCAGCCCCCUGACCACCCUGCCCGAGUCCAGCGCCUUCGCCAAAGGGGGCUUCCACCCCUGGAAACGCUCCACCUCCAGCUGCAACCUGGGCUCCAGCCUCUCGGGCUUCACGGUGGCCACGAGUAGGGGCUCCAGCGGACUGGCCAGCGGCACAGGCACCGCCAACAGCGCCUUCUGCUUGGCCUCCACUUCGCCCACCUCGUCGGCCUUCAGCAGCGACUACGGCGGCCUCUUCUCCAACUCGGCGGCGGCGGCGGGCGUGUCCCCGCAGGAGCCCGGCGGGCAGUCGGCCUUCAUCUCCAAAGUGCACAGUUCAGCGGCCGACAGUCUCUACCCGCGAGUGGGCAUGGCGCACCCCUACGAGUCCUGGUACAAGUCGGGCUUCCACUCCACGCUCUCGGCGGGUGAGGUGGCCAACGGGGCGGCCUCCUCUUGGUGGGACGUGCACACCAACCCGGGCUCCUGGCUGGAGGUGCAGAACCCGGCGGGGGGGCUACAGAGCUCGCUGCACUCGGGCGCCCCCCAGGCCUCGCUGCACUCCCAGCUGGGCACCUACAACCCCGACUUCAGUUCCCUUACCCACUCCGCCUUCAGCUCCACCGGCCUGGGCUCCACGGCCGCGUCGCACCUGCUCUCCACCAGCCAGCACCUGCUCACCCAGGAGGGCUUCAAGCCUGUGCUGCCCUCCUACACGGACUCCAGCGCGGCGGUGGCGGCGGCCAGCGCCAUGAUCUCGGGCGCCGCGGCUGCCGCCGCUGGGGGCGGCUCUGCCCGCUCUGCCCGGCGCUACUCGGGCCGCGCCACCUGCGACUGCCCCAACUGCCAGGAGGCCGAGAGGCUGGGGCCGGCGGGGGCCAGCCUGCGGCGCAAGGGGCUGCACAGCUGCCACAUCCCCGGCUGCGGCAAGGUGUACGGCAAGACCUCGCACCUGAAGGCGCACCUGCGCUGGCACACGGGCGAGCGGCCCUUCGUCUGCAACUGGCUCUUCUGCGGGAAGCGCUUCACCCGCUCCGACGAGCUGCAGCGGCACCUGCGGACUCACACGGGCGAGAAGCGCUUUGCCUGCCCCGUCUGCAACAAGCGCUUCAUGCGCAGCGACCACCUGAGCAAACACAUCAAAACGCACAACGGGGGCGGCGGGGGCAAAAAGGGCAGCGACAGCGACACAGACGCCAGCAACCUGGAGACGCCGCGCUCCGAGUCCCCCGACCUCAUCCUGCACGAAGGGGUGGGCGCCGCUGCCCGCGGACCGGGCAAGGAACCUACCGCGGGGCCCGGCGACUCCUAG